CCUCAAAGGGCGCAUCUCCGAAUCGCAGCGCGAGAUGAGCCAUGGCGGCAAAGAGGAGCUCAGCCUUGGUGCGCUUUGUCUACGCGCGCUGCGGCGCCAAGGGCGGGGAGGCCUGCGCGGCGCUGGGGGCCCGGCGCCCGACCAACUUCUCGGAGCUGCGGGCGGCCGUGCAGGACAGCUGGCCCGCCAUUCUUGGUUCGGAAGGCGUGCUGCCCAGCGCUCUCCUUGCACCGCUGCCGGAUUUGAUCCAGCUGGCUGACCUUUGCGGACACCGUCAGGUUGCAGUGCGCUUGCCCAAGGCGCGGCUCAGCUUCCUGGGUGUGCGGUCCAGCUUCUUGGAAGAUCCCAAGGAGCGCACCUUUGGUGACGUGCGCAAGGGCAAAGCACCCUACGAGGAUGCGGAGUUGGCGGUGCUGAAAGACGUGAUCCAGGAGCUGACCACCUCCCAGGCUGCCAGGCGCUACGCGGCCUCCGUGCCGCUGGACAGGGACUUGCCGGAGCUGGCGGCGCUGGCGGAGCCUCUGCGCAGCCACUGGGCCAAGCUGCUGGAGGUGCUGGGGCCGGAGGUGCCCAACACACCGGUGAUGUACCUCGGCUCCGGGGAGCAACGGACACCGCUGCACUGCGACCCCACUGAGAACAUCACCAUUGUGGUCCAGGGCUCAAAGCUCUUCCGCCUCUUCCCGCCGGCUGCGGCGCCCUACCUGCGGCCUCUCGGGGGUUGGCUGCCGGCGGCGGCCUGCUGGCUCAGCGGCGUUGUGCCUGCGGUCUACUCAGCCGCGGACGCCUUUCAACCCCUUCCCGGGCCCAAGCCGCUGGACGUGCAGCUGCAAGCAGGGCAGGGCCUGUAUCUGCCGGCGGGCUGGUGGCACGCGGUGGUGGGCUCACAGGAGCCCAACAUGGCCAUCGUCUUCGGCUAUGCGCCCCAUGAGAGCAAGGGUGCCCGCUACUUCCAGAGCUGGCUGCAUCCGUUCCUGGGAAAAAUGGCGAGCUGA